AAACCAUCGAUUCCAAACCGUGGACAUUGGGAUGCAAUGUCUAGAAUCUCAUGCACAGAUUAAAGUCCACAGCAUAUGGUUCACAGUGUACCAGUGGCGCAACAUCUGUACUGGCCAUAGUAUGGUACUAGCCCACCAAUCAGGGACACGAACAAAACGCCCAGACCAAUCAAAAGUGACUAAACAAUUCUUAGCACCCCUGUGAGACUUUGGACACGUUAACGAAAACGAAAUAUGGCUGCAGCUGAUGCUCAAAGGCUUCCUACGUGGGAGAGAAAAGCGCGUAUAAUACUUUGCUUUUUGGGGUUCGUUUUGUCCAUCUAUGCUCUUCACGUCGAACUGUCCAGGGAAAGUAAUCCAGACUAUAGGGCAAUGUGUGAUUUAGGGCAGUAUGUGAGCUGCUCCAAAGUUUUUACUUCCAGAUGGGGACGUGGAUUUGGAUUGGUUCAGAUCUUUGUGGGACAAGAGAGCCCUUUGAACCAGCCUAACAGUGUGCUUGGCAUCAUAUUCUACUCUUUACAGCUGGGACUGGGUUUGUCAUUAUCUCAGAGAGCUGCAGUCUUCUUGGUCUUGGCCUCUUGGGUGUCUGUGGUGGUGUCUCUCUAUUUAGCAUCUAUUCUAGUCUUUGUUCUGGGGGAUUUCUGCAUGGUUUGUGUGUCAACUUAUGCUGUAAACUUUGCAUUGCUCUUCAUUAAUUUAAAGAGAAGGAGAGCACUGAACGAAAUGAAGGAGAAAGCUGAAUAAAGUAUGUGACUUCUACAAUGCCACCAUAUUCAUUUAAAUUUUACAAAGACUGAGAUUCAACAAUAUGGGGCCUUACGUCCCUACUAGAAUGUGCCAAAGUCUCUACUAUUGUGAGAAUAAACUAUUUUAGAUAAUAUGUAGGUAACAUUGCUGAAAAGAUUAAGCAUUACCCAGAAAUGGCACAUUACUUUGAGAGUUGAAAGCUAUGAUUUAUAGUUUUACCAGUAGAUGGCGCCAAGCACAAAGUGUUAUUUUAUGAGCAGCCUCAUUGACGUAUACGACCUCUCCAAGUUUAGCAAUUAAUUAAACAGUUUACAUUAAACUCCUCAAAAUUAGGUACUUUGAUGCUUUGACCAAUGAAGUAACGAUAGUAGACCUAUCCUUUUUGUAAAUCCAAUUUGGGUUGUAAUUUACAUGUACAUUGUA